AGUUUAACCUCCCUCUCAGCAGCCAGAGUUAUCCUGUCCUGGAAAUGCUGUCUAAGCCCUCACUCUGCUGUGUGUGAGAGCUCUUAAUUCCCUCCAGCUAAACACGUUGUGAUCCCUCUCUCUCUCUCUCUCUCUCUCUCUCUCUCUCUCUUUCUCUCACUCUGUGAGCAGCCCUGAGUUAACUAGCCAGAGAAAUCUGUUGUGUUUUGCAUUGUGGCUACCCGCUGUUCCCUGUGGCGCAGGUUUCAGCCCCCCUCACGGGACAGACAUGUGGCGAAGAACAGGAGCAGCCACUGCAGGAAGUGACAGCAGGAUCCCCUGAGCUCAAAAACAAAGGAUAACCACCACCGAGCAACGCUGGGACAAGGAGACGUAAGCCCAGGGGAAUAUCAACCAUGUUGACGCCAUGGAGAUUGUUCCUCUGCCAGAUGGCACUGAACAUAUUCUAUCACAUUGCAAAAGCCAGUUUAUGCCUGGGUGGUCAAGAUAUAUUCGCCACGGUCAGAGAGAACAGUCCCACUGGAGAGUUCAUAGCCAACCUCAGUAUCAACGGAGACCCUGGAGCCAGUAGCAUCCGUCUGUGUCUCACAGGAGAAAACGCUGACUGGUUUUACCUUGAAGGCCGAACAAUCCGACUCAACUCAUCGUUUUCAAGGACCUUGGAUCGAGAGGUGCUGGGAUCAGUCCUGAUAGCUGCUUUGACAUGUUAUGAAGAUGAAAUAAUAAGGAGUCGAUAUCGAGUCAUGGUGGAGAUAUUGAAUGAAAACGACAACAUGCCACAUUUCCUUGAAGACACCAUUCAACCACGAUAUAUAAGUGAGCUGCUGACUGUAAACUCAAUGGUGUUCACAGUGAAAGCCAGAGACGGCGAUGGAGACACGAUCACUUAUAUGAUCGACAAAUCUACAGCUGAUGCCAGCUAUUUUAGGAUCGAUCUACCCAACAGCGGGAUGGUGAUCCUGGAUAAACCUUUGGACUAUGAGACUAAAACCCAGCUGCAGGUGGUCAUAGUUGCUGUGGAAAUGACGACGAGAGAAAAGUACAGCACAACGGCUACGGUCACUGUGAAUGUUCUAGACGGUGAUGACCAGUAUCCACAGUUUCAGCCGUGCGCACCUGUUUAUAAAGAUGGAGAUCAUAAUAUCUGCACCAACCCUGUGUACAGCGUCAACAUCACAGAAACAGAUGAGGAUGCUGUGCUUUAUUUUUCUCCGGGUCCCAUUCAUGCUGAAGAUGGAGACAAAGACAUACUGUCUCCUCUAGUCUACAGUAUUCUGUCAGGUGAUGAUAAUGGCAGAUUUACAAUCGAUUCGAAAACAGGAGAGAUCUCUCUCAGGCAACGGGUUGAAAACAGACUCCUCACCCCUUCAUUCAGGCUCCGCAUAAUGGCUGCACAGGUGAACGACCCAAAGAAAUAUUCGGUGGCAACGGCACUGGUGCACGUGGUGUCGGAGAACCUGUUUCCUCCAUUCUUCAACAAGACCGUCUACAAAGGGUUCCUCAUCGAGAGCUCCAGCCCUGCUACUCUGGUCACUACUUACGGGAACCAAGUCCUGGUGGUCCAGGCCAUCGACAGGGACUUCAAAGAUGGAAUAAACCCAAAAAUCCGUUACACAAUGCAACCCUUGACGGGUAGCAGUAAACUGUAUCACAUUACCCAGGAUGGCAUUGUGAUUGCAAAGACGGACCGGCUCAGAGCGUUCGACCGACAUAUCCUAGAGGUGAUUGCAACAGACGAAGAGUCAGGUGAGGCUGCACACGCUUCAGUGGACAUUGAAGUUCUACAGAAGGGAAUUCCAGUUCCUAGAAGUCCAUUUGGAGAAGAACGGCUGUUUGGAGAUAUGAACGCAGGGAUGGCCGGCGGCAUUGCUGCCCUUGUUCUUAUAGUGGCUGUGACAGUCCUGUUUAUUUGCCUCUGGCUGGCCAAGAGACGAAGAGAGAGACGGGAUCCUGCAGACAGGGGCGCAGUAGCCCUAGGGAAGCAUCCGAAUGUGGAGGCAUCAUCACCCAUCUCUCCUCGCUCUGUUUUGUAGGACUUAAACAACACAAUCAUAAGAACAUCAUGAGAGACUGAAUCAAGAGCACAUGGAGGUGAACAUACAGUUUGCCUACACGAAUCUUUUGAAGAACCUGUUUGUGUGGCAUUUUGGGAAUGUUUUGGCUUUGUGUGGAAGGAUACAGUGGCAUACAGUCCCAUGGCAGCUCAUAUGUUGUCCGUCUUUUAAAGGAACUUUUGGAACUCAGUUCAUUUCAACUUAAAUUAGAUAUGUGAUUUUUUUUUUUUUAAGCAUGUCCUUCAUUUCAAAUGUCACUAUAUGUACACCUUUCGAAAGUUUAAGGUUGGUAAGAUUUUUUUUUUUAAUGUUUUUGAAGUGUCUAAUGCUCACCAAGGCUGCAUUUAUUUGAUCAAAAACAGAGUAAAAACAGUAAAACUGAAAUAUUACAAUUUAAAAUACCUUUUUUUAUAUUUAAAAUUUAAUUUAUUAUUGUAAUGGCAAAGCUGACUUUUUAGCAUCAUUACUCCGGUCUUCAGUGUCACAUGAUCCUUCAGAAAUCAUUUUAAUUUUAAUAUUAAGUUAAUUUGUUAAUAUUUUUAAAAAAUAUUUUUGUGAAACUUUUAGAGGAUUCUUUGAUGAAUAUAAAUUAUUUGAAAUAUUUUAUUUGAAAUGCCUUUACUGUCAUUUUUUGAUGAGUUUAAUGCUUUUUUCUUCUGUAAAUCCAGCCAUAUCAUAACUCGGAAUACUCUGUUUAAUGGAGGCAAGAUACAAGAAGUGUCAUGUUGCUUGUCAUAAAGAAGUUCUGUAAAGCAACAAAGCAACAGAAAACUAUUUUUACGUAACACAGCAAAAAUAUAUACAUUCAUUAUAACCUGUAAAUGGUGAAUUCAUCAAAAAAAAAAAAAAAAACCUUUCUGUCUUCAUUUACUCACUGUCAUCAUUAACGAAGUAAUUUCUUUCAUCUGGGGAAUGUUAUAUGCUCUCUUCCAUACAAUCUAUAUAUCUUAAUAUGCAUUAUAUAAAUCUUGCCUUUAAAAUCUCAGCAACAGUAUACGUUUUAGAGCUGGGCUUUGUGCUGUCCUAUGAAGUGUGACCACAAGAGGGCGCUAUUAAA